CUGCCAGCUCUCUCUGGGGAAAAGCUGCCAUGGAACUGAGGUGCGGGAUGAGGACCACCAAGUGCCAGCUGCUGGUGACCAGCCUCUGUGUCAUGCUGCUGGGGCUCUCCAUUGCCACGCUGAGCACAGUCACCCACUAUGGGCUCCGUUUCACCCUCAUUAGCAAUGUCUCCCUGGACAGCAACACCUACAAGGCCAUCCACCACACAGCUUUCUACUUCGGGAUCUGCCUGAGCAUGACCCUGAUCCUGGCAGCCUUGCUGAGCUCUGCUGCCACAGUGCGGGAAUCGCAGUGCCUCACUGCCAUGGGAUUUUUCUGUUUUGCUCUGGCCUUUUGUGGAUUGAUCCCAGCUGCCUGCUGGAGAUACACACACAGCACAGAGGUAGAAGACAGCAUGAUGGAUGUGUAUGAUUUUGUGUACGAGGAGGUGAGGAGGAACACCUCCAGCUUCAGGAGGCACGAGCUGACUGCCAUCCAUGAAGCAUUCCUUUGCUGUGGGAAGCACUCUCCUUUUGGGGACACAACCGAUGUUGAGAACAAGACAUGCCCACCCAACCAAGUGCAUGAUGAAGGACAGGACUGCCUGCGAGAGAUCCAGGACUUUCUGAAGAAGCACAUGGACUUUGUCUUCUCGCUCCUGGGCAUCGCCAUUGGCUUCACGGUUUAUGGGAUGUUCCUAACUUCAUUCCUCUGGUUCUCCAUCCACUUCAGCAGUAACCUGUACCGGAAAGGCAAAUAUAUCCUGCGAGAGAGGUAGAAACCUGAUGCCUGGGCAUCCCUACCAGGCAGAGCCAGCUCUUGGCACAGGAAGAGCUCUGAAGUCACCCACAAAAUGCCCUGGGAAGGUAUUGAGUGGGGUCAGAUGGUGGGAUAUGUGUCACACAUUUCCCCUGUCCUGCACUACAACUGGGCUCAGAGAUGCAGAUUCCCUCGAUGGGAGACAUACGGGCUGUGGCUCCACAAGAAGGACACAAGGAGUUCUUUACAACCAAAUGGAGAGAAAAGCCCAGCAAAAAUCACAGCAUUAAAAUAAACUUCUCUUGUGCUGUCA